AUGAGAAACGUUGAUAGCACCACCCUUGUCAUCCGCCGACCUGCUUUCCAGAGGAGGAACAAGCCCAAGAACACGAGUGGCAAGCUUUUGAAAUCUGUCUUUGGUGGAAUGUUCCUCAACACAAAGGUUGCCAAAACCAAGAAGACUCAGAAUGAAAAUGGUGCUAGCUGGGAGCUUCCAGAAGAUGCCAUGGUACACAUUCUGAGCUUUCUACCUUUGCGUCAAGUGGUCCAAGUACGAACUCUGAGCAAGUCCUUGGCGCAAGCUGGGCAUUUGGCAGUCAUGCAAAAGCUACAAAUGGCAGGCUUUCCCAACUUGACAUGCCCCUCUGAUGCCCUCUUGGCAUUGGAGAAACCCACACAACGAGUCCGCCACUGGCUCUUUUCCGAGUUCAAACGAGCCACCACUGUCAUGGGGAAAUCCUACUGUGACAAGCGCCAUGGUUGUGGUGGUGUGGAGAUUCGCCAAUUCCCCAUUGUCCCCCAAACAGAAGCAUAUCAACGCGUUCAGAAACUCUUGUCUCGACCCAAGUUGCACACCAAGUACUUGUGGAUGCUACAAACAGAUCAGGAAGGACAAGAUCAUGGAGUGGGACUCGAUUUCCGUAGUAGCUGCCUCCGAGUCUGUGUCUCGAUAGAAAAAUGCAUCCAAGAAUACAGAGCCACAUUGGAAGAGGCCCCCACAUUGUUGUCCUCUGGGAGUGCCCGCUGCUUGGAUAUCAUGCUCCGGUACGAAUUGGAGACACUUUUGAAGCUACAGUCAUCUGGAUAUGACAUGGCCUGUGUCUCGUUUGUGUCUAAACCAUCCAGACCGGAUGCCAUGGUGGGAAGCAUCUAUGAAACUGUGGCCAAGGCACUGGAAGAGCCACUCAUGAGUCAUGCCAUUAAUAUUGAGGGGAAGAAAGUGCAGCAUCCAGAAAAAUAUCCUUGUUUUCUGGAUCUGUCCGACGCUGGAAUUGUCAUUCGGGUUCCAUGCUCGGAGAUUCAGCCUUUGUUCCAAAAAUUUGAUACCAUGGCCAAAGAACACAGCAGACAAAAGACUGCGGAUUUGCUAUGGAUGUGA